UUGUGCUCAUUUCCUAUCCUCUCAAGCUCCAACCUCUCUCUUUGUGCUCAUUUCCUAUCCUCUCAAGCUCCAACCCCUCCAACGGUAAGAAAAAAAAAAAUUUGUCCCGAAACACCCCAUGCUGACGGUUUCUGUUGCUCUUCUCAUUGUACAAGAAUCUCAGGGAUAAGUUGGUCAAUUAGACAGACAACCUCAAGAAAAAGAAUUAACUUUGUCUCCAUUUUAAUUUUACUGAUCUCAGUACAUUUACUUCUACCGUCCUACCCUGUAUUCCUAUGUCAUAUAUCUGGCACGAACUCCCUCCCUCCAACUUGUUCACCAAAAAUGAAGAGGCAAUCCUUUCCGGAAUCCGUCACUUUCCCGGGAAAAACAUCCCACUUCGAGGCCGAACUCUGGUUUGACGACGCAUGCAUCCUCGACAUGGACUACUUCGUGAAAACCCUCUCCGGCAUUAAGGCGAAGGGUGUCCGACACGAUCUAAUCGGUUCCAUAAUCACCCACUACGCCUCCAAAUGGCUGCCGGACCUCUCCGGCGGUAACGUGGCAGAGAAGAGCCUAACUAACUCCGAAGAGUCCCAGGAAAGCGUCACGGCUUCCUGGAUGAAGAAGCGGUUCUUCGUGGAAACCAUCGUGGGAGUUCUCCCUCCGGAGAGGGAUUCCAUCCCCUGCAACUUCCUCCUCCGCCUCCUCCGGACCGCCAACAUGGUUGGCGUCGAGCCAACGUACCGAGCCGAGCUGGAGAAGCGUAUAUCAUGGCAGCUGGACCAGGCUUCACUGAAAGAAUUGAUGAUACCGUCGUUUAGCCACACGUGUGGGACUCUGCUAGAUUUUGAGCUCGUCAUCAGGCUGGUGAAGAGGUUUGUGAAUUUGGAUGAGGCUGCUAAAUCUGGGGCUGCUGCAUUCAUUAAGGUGGCCAAGCUUGUGGACUCUUAUCUUGCCGAGGCCGCCGUCGAUUCCAAUCUGAGCUUGCCGGAUUUUGUUGCGCUCGCCGGAGCUCUACCUGGCCAUGCCCGCGCCACCGAAGACGGCUUAUACCGAGCCAUUGAUACUUAUCUCAAAGCACAUCCCGCAGCAUCAAAGCAAGAAAGAAAGAGUCUCUGCCGACUAAUUGACAGCCGGAAACUCUCACCGGAGGCAUCUCUUCAUGCAGCUCAAAACGAACGCUUGCCCGUUCGGGCAGUCAUCCAAGUGCUCUUCUCGGAGCAAAACAAGCUCAACCGCCAUAUUGAUUGGAGUGGCUCCUUCAGUGGCACCCGUAGCCCGGGCAUUGGGCUUGACUCCUCUGCCCGGUGCCACUCGAGGCGUGAAAUGACAGCCAACCAAAUGGAGAUAAGGAGGCUGAAGGAAGAUGUUGUGAGGCUUCAAAGCCAGUGCAACUCCAUGCAAGUGCAGAUAGAGAGGCUUGUGGGGAAGAAAAAGGGAUUUUUCAAGUGGAAGAAGUUUGGAUUACCUUCAUUCAAGGGGGUUGAUGUGAUUCACAAAAUUGAAGAGGUUGACGAAGAGUCGGAAUUUGGCAAGGAAACGCCUCUGGGCAUUAAAACCAAGCUGGUGAGAGGGAAGACUCCUCCCCCCAAGUGGAGGAAAUCCAUGUCUUGAUGAUCAAGGUGAAGAAGGCUAAGGAUUUAUUAAUUAAUAAGCAAGUUUAAUUUUGUUGUUUUAGUAUUUAUGCUUUAAUUUGUUAUUACUUAUGCACUGACUUUCUGAAAUAUUGUAAGGCUUAUAUAUAUAUAUAGGUGUGUGUAUGUAUAUUUUCUUCUGUUCUAAACUCUAAAGAUGGGUAUUACUGUAAUAAUUAGCAAAUUAUCCUUGACCUAGCAAGAGGUUUCAAUUUUAAGCCAAGGUAACUUUGUUGUUCA